AUGAGCUUCAAUGCGAUCAUUGUUGGCGCCGGACCUUCUGGCAUUGCGAUGGCCUAUCGCUUGAAGCACGAUCUUGGAUUCCAGGACUUCACCAUUUACGAAAAGCUUGACGGUGUUGGAGGAACCUGGAGAACAAAUACAUAUCCCGGAUGCGGCUGCGAUCUGAAGUCGCAUCUCUACUCAUUCAGCUUCAAUCCCAACCCCAACUGGUCUCGAGAACUAUGUCAACAGCCAGAAAUCUUGCACUACAUGGAAAGUACUGUCGACAAGUUUGGCCUGCGACCACAUGUCCAUACUUCAGUCGAGUGUACAGGUGCCAUAUGGCGCGUCGAAAAGUCUAAGUGGGAGAUCAACCUGAAAGACCUCAAAACGGGCCACGAAUAUACUCGGUUUGCUUGCGUAUUUGUCUCUGCCGUCGGUGCCAUCUCCUACCCGCGCGACGUUAAGUUCCCCGGCAUGGAGAAGUUCCAGGGUCACAUGUUCCAUACCGCAAGAUGGGACCACUCUGUUGACUAUACUGGAAAAAAAGUCGCCGUGAUUGGCAAUGGCUGCAGUGCCGCUCAGGUUGUCCCGGCUUUGGCGGAGCACGCAGCCUUUGUCAAACAGUAUGCGCGUAGCGGUCAGUGGUAUCACGACCGGCCCAAUCGCAUAUACACCGACCUGGAAAAGUUCCUUUUCAAGUGGAUCCCCUUGUGGCAGAAGCUUCUACGCCUAAAAAUUUUCCUGGAUGCAGAUGAAGAGACUGCAGCAUAUUUCCCAACGCCAAAGGGUGUGAAAGCACGACUGAAGAAGGAGGCUCAGUCUCUCGAAUACAUCUAUUCGAAGGCACCAAAGAAGUACUGGAAAGCGCUUGAGCCUAAUUUUCCUCUCGGCUGUAAGCGUCGCAUCUUCGACCCUGGGUACCUUGAGUGUUUGAAUAGGAGCAAUGUCGCGCUUUUGCCAGAGGGUAUCAAGGAAAUGACCGAAACUGGCAUCAUCAGCGCUUCGGGCAUAGUAGAUGACUACGACAUCAUUGUCUUAGCUACUGGCUUCCAGGUUUCCGAGUUUCUCACCCCCAUGCACAUCAUCGGCGCGACUGGAAAGUCUCUGCACGACCAGUGGAAAGAAUGUCGUGGCGCACAGGCAUACCUGGGAACUCAUGUGCACAACUUUCCCAAUUUUGCCAUCCUAUUUGGCCCCAACACUUUUCCGGCCAACAACUCUGCCCUGUUUGCAUGCGAAACGCAGGUCGACUAUGCUGUCAAAUCCUUGAUCAAGCCACUACUAGAUGGGUGCGCCGAAGUCAUCGAGGUCAAGCAGGCGGCUGAGGACCGCAUGACCAACGCCAUUCAUGAGGGUCUUUCAAAUACGGUGUACGCUGGGGACUGCUCAAACUGGUACUUCAACAAGUACGGCAGAAAUGCGGCGUCGUGGCCAGGCCUUGCACGAUCGUUCUGGGCCGCGACGUACUUCCCAGACUGGAGCGCGUUCAAUAUGACGGGAGGAAGUUGGUUUUGGCCGUUGCACAUUGAGGUCAACGGAGAGGAUUUGUGGGACUAUACUCCGGGGUGA